AUGAUGAAGACUUCUGCUGUUGCAUUCCUCGCUCUUGUUUGUAUCUCCUCGGCCUUCGUGGUCCCACAAAAAGCUGAUCAAUGCGGAGCUGUCGAUAUCACAAAAAUGGCAAAGAGAUAUGUUCCAGUUCAAAACUCUGAUGCUACUUGUGAAAUCUGUCUGGAUCUUGUCUUGAUUGCUGAGACUUAUUCUGAAUGUGAAGAGGCUAUCAUGGAACAUCAUAUGGAAAAUUAUUGUGUUGAACACGUCAAGAACAAGGCUUCCCAGGCGGCUUGCAAACUUAUGGUUGACGAUAUUGCUCAUGCCGUCAUUGAAGAUACUGAUGAGAACCCAACUGCUGUGUGCAAGAGAGUCAUCCACAAGACAUGCCCAUACAAUAACUGA